AUGUCCUCAGCUGAAAGUCAAACUGCUGCUGCUCAGCGCAUGUACACUGAGCGUGCCCAUAACUAUGAAGAUUCAUGGCAUCCUGACUAUAGCAGACGCUUCAUGGAACUUGUUCCCAUUCGUCAAGGCGAUCUUGUUCUCGAUCUUGCCUGCGGAACUGGUCUAGAGGCUAUCAUUGCAGCGGAUCGAGUUGGUGAUGAUGGAAUUGUCGUCGGCGUCGACAUCACUGAUGCAAUGCUUGCUAUGGCACGCAAUAAACUGAACCACGAUGGGCGUUUGGCUCGCCGUGUCAAGCUAGUUCAGUACAAUGUCACCGAUCUGACUGGCUGUCCGCAUGUGACUGAGGGCAGCUUCGACCUUGUUAUCUGCUCAAGUGCGUUUGUUCUCUUUGACGAGCCCGAAAAGGUUAUUGGGCAUUGGCAUAAAUACCUCAAACCUGGUGGGAGGGUCGCCAUCGACAUUACCCAUGAGUAUAAUCUCCGCGCAGGCCUUCUGCUGGAGACAGUAGCUCAACGUUUGGGCAUGUCGUUCCCCGCAAACCGAAGCUGGAUCAAGUCAAAAGACUCAUUCAGCGAUAUACUCAAGAACCGGGGUUUCAUAAUUGAGAAAGCCCAAGAAUUGGAGAAGAUUGUGGGCCUCGGCUCGACGUACAUCAGCGUGGAUCAAGCUGAUGAGCAGUUUGACUUUGUCGUCAACGGGCCUCUUACUGCCUCCAUUGUCACGGACGAAUUAAGAUUCAAGGGCAGAGAGUAUUUUAAAGAAGAAUGGAACAACGCUGCUGUAGAUGGCAAGGUUGAGGUUUCUGAUACUGUCUACGUUUAUAUUGCCAGAAAGGCUUGA